AUGUACAAUCGGUACGCCGAGUCGGGGAGGAUCGAAUGGGUGCAGCAGUACAUCCGGCACAUUGACCCAGGGCAUGCGCAGGAGUGGGCAGAGAUUAUGACGCCUAGAGGAAGCGGGUUGAUCUUGCGGAAGAUUACUACGGAGUUCAAAUUUCCGAUGAAGUAUCCAGACCAUGUCACCGUCCUGCACAAGCUGGGAACGAAGCCGAAGCCUGGCAUGGAUGCGUUCAUCUUCGACGUGGUCAUCCUGUCUGAGCUGCAUCAGCGAAUAGCAGCGCGCGUAUACGAGGACUGCGUGUACUACGACUAUCGAGCGGGCAAAAAGACAUCGCUCAAGCCAUUCAUGGUUGACGUCUUGAGCGAGACGUGGAGGCUCCAGGAGGCCGUCAAGCAAGCGAAUAGCGAGCGAGUACAAGGUCUGCUUGAGCGCGUGCGGAAGCUGGAGGUAGAGUCUUGGGACAGAGAAGGGGCCAUGGAGGAUACGGGUUCAGCUGGUCAAUAA